GUGGUACGCUUGCGCGAAGUAAUAUGAAAACAGUGGUGUCUCGCCGUCGAGUGUGGUACGCUUGCGCGAAGUAAUAUGAAAAGCAGUGGUGUGUCGCCGUAGAAUCAGAUUCUGUUCGUUUCUAUUAAAUAUUUCAGUUCUCGUAUCUGAAAACUGAACAGUGAUGACAAACAUGCAUAUUUCUGCCAAUAAAUAGAGUCUUUAGUAGAAAAAUUCGUUAAUAUCUAGGCAAACAAAAGUUCUUAUCGACCGUACAACAACGAGAAGCAGCUAAACAAGUAUAAAAUGCAAUACGCUGAAGUCUGACCAAGUGCCCACUGGGAAAGUAGUUCCUGCUAUGUUGUCAGUAACAAGAAGCUGGAGUGAGCUGCCCUCUGCUGCUUGUGUGAACCUGAGUUGUUUGCUGUCUGCAGUUAUGUGGCUGAUGCAGAAGCCAUGUCUUCUGCCGUGAUGUCUUGAUCAUAGUGAGCAGCUGGUCACCUCUGCAAUGGCUGCAGAUAUUGAUAUAGCUUAUGGAAAAAUAGUGGGAACUAAUGAACCAUGCUUCAUUAUUGCCGAAAUCGGUCAGAAUCAUCAAGGUGAUAUUGGAAUAGCUAAGAAACUAAUCAGUUAUGCAAAGAAAAGUGGAGCUGACUGUGUGAAAUUCCAAAAAUCUUGCUUAUCCGAAAAAUUUAAUGCUGAAGCUCUUAAUCGACCUUACGAAAAUGAGAACUCUUGGGGUAAAACAUAUGGUGAACAUAAAAGAUUUUUGGAAUUUGAUCAGGAGCAGUUUAGAGAGUUGCAGCGAUAUGCUGAAGAAGAAGUUGGAAUAAUGUUCUCGGCAUCAGCAAUGGAUAUGGUAUCAGUUGAUAUGCUUGACUCUCUGAAUGUCCCAUUCAUAAAAAUUGGUUCUGGCGAUGCAAACAAUUUUCCCUUGUUGAGAUAUGCAGCAUUUAAGAAACGGCCCAUGUUCAUAUCUACAGGUAUGACAAACAUGGAAAUAGUGAAAAAGAUAUAUCACUGUGUUCGACCUAUCUUUAGUAAAUUUUGUUUAUUGCAUUGUGUUUCAUCGUAUCCUACAAAGCCCGAGGAAGUCAACUUGAGAGUUAUCACUACAUUCAAACAGGAGUUUCCUGAUAUACAUAUUGGAUAUUCUGGACAUGAAGUUGGGAUAGCAAUUUCAAUAGCUGCUAUUGCUAUGGGAUCCAAGGUGCUAGAGCGGCACAUAACACUCAACAAGAGUUGGAAAGGAAGUGAUCACAAAUGUUCGUUAACACCAGAGGAAUUUACAGAAAUGGUAACAAAUAUAAGAAUUGUGGAACAAGCACUAGGUAAUCCCCAAAAGAAGAUUCAGCCCAGUGAAUUACUGUGCUAUAAAAAGCUAGGUAAAACAUUGGUAGCUGGACGAGAUCUGAAGCUGGGGUCUUUACUGACACAACAUGAUAUUAAAAUUAAAGUAGCAGAACCCAAAGGGAUAAAGGCUGAAGACAUGGAACACGUUCUUGGGAAAAAAAUAAUCAGAGAUAUUAAGAGAGAUGAAAGCAUAUGUUUAACAGAUCUGACUGAAAUCCAAAGUCUAUCAAAUUUAACUGUUACACAACCAGAAAGUUAAAGAUAUCAUUGUUUAUAACUAGGAGCAAAAAACCAUUGUAAUGAGUGCUCUUAUUCUCAGUGGAGCACCUGCACGAUCAGAAUAAUCUGUUGCAAUAACUCAGAUCUCUUCAUUUUAUGAUGUUCUGCAGGUCUGGAACCUUAACCCUUCGAGUGGGCAUGCAGAUUUUCAUAACACAAUAGACACUUGGCAUAUUUUGUACACAUCUAUAGCAUGUCUGUCGUGUUACGAAGGUAAACAAGUAUGAGCAAAAUCACAGCUUAACCUUAGUUUAAUUAAACAAUGAUAAAAUUAACUUAGAUUAUAUGAGCCAAAUCACUGUUCAAUUAAACAAUAGUAAAAUUAACUUUCAUUGAAUCUCUCUGUUGCCACACGCUAGUGUUAGUCCACAGUAAUGAACCACUUGGAGCAUUAAACAGCACAGUUGCAACAUUGCGAGCUAAACACUUAUUUGAUUACUUAUUAUCUUGUGCUGUUAGCUCAGGAUCUGGCUUAUUUUCUUGCACAGAUCAUAAAUUUUUUCUCUCCUAGCUUGGUGUUUAUUUUAUAUAACUUCUGCUUGCUUGGACCUAUGUCAACACAACUUAUCACUGUGUUAGCUGAAGCAAUAACAAAGGAAUAAGUACGGUCUUGCAAUUAUAAAACAACAAUGGACUGGUACAAGAAUAUUAUUUGUGGUUGGCACACUUCAUAAAUAGGUGCACCUGCUCGAGGGUUAAUAUUAUUCUAAUUGUUCUGUAAGACUUAAGAGAAAGAUCUAAUUAUCAUCUGUUGGAAGAUGAACUUGAGAAAAUCUGACAGGAACAGAAAUUAUGAAAGUAUAUGAAUAUUCAACUACUGCAAUUUUUAAGCAUUUUGCCUAUCAGGGUAAAGAAACAAAAUGCAAAGAAAAGUAAGUUAAGAAUCCAUAGUUACCAAAGGGCUGAAAAAUCACUGCAAAGUGUGAAUUAAGGCGUAUGUGAAAUAAAGGAACUGAGCUGGAAAUCAAAAGAUAUCAAAGAUUGGAGCUCAACUUCGAAAGAGCGGAUAUAGAUGAAACAGGAAGGAAAGGAAGGCCCAAAGAUUUUUGGGAAAGAUGAGAGAGAUCUAAAUUAGAUCUAAAAAGUGGCUUCCUAGAGCACAUUUAAAAACUAUCAAAUCCUACCUUCCACCAAGUUUUACUUACAUUCUAUAUUCUCCUUCUCUUCUUCUAAUGUUUUAUUUCUGUCACUAUAGGUUUUUUAUCUUUGUUUUUUAUUACCAUUGUUUACUUGUUCCUUUGCAAAUAUGCUCCACUUACCCCUUCUUUCACUCUAUUUCUGCUUUCCCUAAUCUUUCAUAUCCAUCUACAUCAUAUGAGUUGUUUAAGGUUUGAUUUCUCAUUCUCAAACUCUUAAUAGUUUGCUAAAAUUUGAGUCUCUUGCAUUUAAUAUUGUUUUGGUUCCAAUUUCUUUCAUCUGCCUACUGUCUUCCUUGAUGCAAAGCUUCUUAUCACUUUAGCUAAUUAUUUACUGCUUACUCCUGAUAUAAGCACAUUUAUUCUGAAGCAGUUAUGCAGUUCUUCCAUUUCAUUAUAGCUUCAUUUCAUAUUGUAUGUAUAUCAAACUGAACCACUGUGUGGUUGUGAGCUCUUAUUUCAAAGACUGUAUGUAUUUCAGUUAUAAAAAAAAAUAAAAAAUGACACAACACAAAAAUACUGUUUUUACCUUAUAUUGUGGCUGCCAGGUGAAAAUCAGUAGUAGAUAUCAAUACCCACACUCCAUAUUUAUAUAUUUUCUUAUACAUUGCACAACUAAUUGUUAGAUGUUAUGUUUCGUGUGUUUUAUUCAAAUAAUUGUUUAAUGUGUCUUUCAAAACAUGCUGUGUGUUCUGGAUUGGUGGUAUAUGAGAUUCACCCUCAGAAAUCCAGUCAUAGAGUGUAUCUGGGUUUGGCUCAUUUUCCUCUCCUCUGGCAAACAUGCACUGCAAGUUAAGCUAUGUGAGUUGUUCUGUCCAGUGUACAAAGAGUAGAUAAAUAUUAUUUGUGAAAUGUAAAUAGGAGCCUUUCAGUGAUACCAAUGGAGACCUGUAGCUUACCACAAGCAUUGUUGUAAAGGAAAUAAAGAACAAGAUGACAAAA